GUUCUGCUCAUGCAUGCAUCGAUCUCAGUCGGCCGAAAUUUCUGGUUUCCGAAACGUCUAGAAAAUCGAAAAUUCUAUUCCGUUCAUUCCGCUGCCAGAAGUGCAAAUUAUACCGUCGAGUGAACUUAUUAUUAGUUGUGUAUUGAAAAGUGGCUAUCGGACUGGAAUUGUUGUGUUGUUACUCAUAAAAAAUCGGUGAAAAUCGAAGUCUAAAACCUGACUAACCUCAAAGCACGCACAUACAGCUUUUGCUGAAUUUUUCUACGGAUCCACAUUUGAAAACUCAGGUGACGCAAACUUCAUCCACCGAAAAUCCACAAUGGCCAAAUGGGGCGAAGGUGAUCCACGCUGGAUUGUGGAAGAACGUCCAGAUGCAACCAACGUCAAUAAUUGGCACUGGACCGAGAAAAAUGCCACCCCCUGGUCUAAAGACAAAUUGACCGAGCUGCUGAAGGAUUUCGUCGUGUCCGGCUCGGGGCAGGAGUGCAAAAUCACAGAGAUAGAAAAAAUGGAAGGCGAAGCCACUGCCAACAACCGCAAGGGGAAGCUGAUAUUUUUCUACGAGUGGAAUAUCGUGCUAAAAUGGACCGGAGUAAUCAACGACGAGGACGUCACAGGGAAGGUCACGAUCCCCAAUUUGUCCGAGGAAAACGAUAUAGACGAGGUGGAGCUAACAGUUUCACUCGAUACCUCCAACGAUGCCUCCGAGAAGCUGAAAAUCUUCAUGUACAACGUGGGCCGGGAUAAGCUGCGGAAGCAGCUGGAAACCUACGUCAAACACCUGAAGCAAGACUUUGCCAAGGGCCUUAUCCUCCCCAAGAAAGGAGACGAAGCAAACGGAGCCCCGACAGUGAAACCGGACAAAGAAACUGUGUACGCUAGCGGCUUCAACAAGCAGAAAAUCGAGCUGAAAACUGUGACAAGCGAACCGAGCAAGGUUGGCCUCAAGCUAGACGUUAAAACGCUGGAAGUCACCGAACGGUUCGUGUGUCGAGCCAACGAACUGUACGAUGCUCUAACCCGGGUUGAUAUGGUGACCGCAUUCACUCGUGGCCACGUCAAGCUGGACCUGUUCAAAGGGGGAGAAUUUGUAUUCUUCGGAGGCAACGUAAGCGGAAAGUUCGACGAGAUUGUGCCGAACAAGAAAAUAAGCCAAACCUGGAGGCUAAAACAGUGGCCAUCCGGUCACUAUUCAAAUGUUGUGAUUGAGUUAGACGAAAAGGAUGACCACACCGAACUUAAGCUAACCCAAACUUUGAUCCCGUCGGCGGAGUUUGAAGCCACCAAAACGAACUGGAGCCGGUACUACUGGGACAGCAUGCGGUCAGCGUUCGGUUUCGGAAGUUUUCUGUACUGAAAGCCUACACAGUACCCGAUAAGUUUUACAGCACUAGUGAGAGAGAGGACAACGAGAUGUGCACCCAUAAGCAGGAUACGAAAACUCGUUUGGAAUAUGCAACGGAUUGGAACGUUUGUUAUACUUCCCCGUCAGCGCAUUUUCCCAUGAAGUAGAUUUAAAACAAACAAACGCUAUAGAAACGACUACGAAGAGUAAAAUAAUUUGAACAUUCUCAUUAUUCCGGUUGAGAUAGGAUUAAAAGUAAGCCAUUAGCUUCAGCGACAAAUUUAUUAGGAGUUUUUCAACACAUGCGUCAAUCUUGUCUUUUUCAUCAUAAUGAGUAGCUUUCACUAAAAACCAGAAUUUAUACAGCUUUAAAAAAAUUAAAAUUUUUGCUUUGAAUUUUUGCGUUUGUAUGCUGCAACCAAACUCUUCUUCUCCCAUUGUACGUGUCUCCACCUUAGAGCCGUAUUCGAGUAGUAAUAUCAGUUUAGGUUUAGUUGAUGAGUAGGUCGAUUUUGUACCUAGCUACUUUUAUUAUGAUUAUCUCAUGUGGAUGCUGUCGGAUGAAAGCUAAAAAAAAUGUAGUAAUACAACUCUUGAUUCAAAA